AUGCCCGGUACAGUUCCAAAAGCCUUCGAUCCAAUACUCGUCUCCUCCUCCUCUUCCUCGGGUCUCACAAAAGCAGCAGUCGUUGACGACGCGUCCUCAUCGACGUCUCUCAAGGUCAGCGCAGCACCAUCAGGGCAUCCAGCCGCUGGAGUCGCAUCUCAAGGCGCCGCACAAGCAGUUGCUUCAGCUGCACCGACUGCCGCUCUUGCCCCUACCAACAUUGCGGCAAAGAUGACCGCGCAACCUGCCGCUGGACCGAUCGAGCCCAAGGGCAAAAGCAAGGGAAAGAAGGGCAAAUCAAGCAGAGCAAAGAGCGAGGAAGCUGCGAUCCAACAAGAUGGUGCCCUGAAGCAGUUCGUAGAGACAUCUGGUCACUUCAGUCUUGUUCGGUGAGCUUCAAGUGUGCCGCAGCGGAGCAUAAGUUGCGAAAUCACGGCGCGGACCCGUGUCGUCGUACCUGCUGACCGCUCCCAACACUGGUUCGCAAUACCUGCCAACAGGAACUUCCAUCUUGCAGACGCAUUCACCCUGAUGAACGGGUUCUGCGGAGCGCAAUCGCUCUUUGCAUCAGCUCGAUACCUCAUCACUUCUGAUCCCAUUCACGCCUGGCAUGCUCUUUGGUUCCCGGUAUUCGGCGCAAUCUUCGAUCUGCUGGACGGAAAAGUUGCGAGGUGGCGCAACAGCAGCUCAAUGCUGGGACAAGAGCUGGACAGCUUAGCAGACUCGGUAAGUGAAAGCUUGCUUCGACGAGUGGCGCACAUGAAUUCUGAACCUUUGCGGCUUCCCUUCUCUUUGAAAUGACAGACGUCCUUCGGAGCUGCGCCUGCCUUUGCCGCCUUUGCCCUUGGCUUGCGCACUCCCUUGGACUCUAUCAUCUUGACCGCCUUUGUGUGCGCCGGCAUCGCUAGACUUGCGAGAUUCAACGUGACCACCGCUUCCAUUCCGCAUGACGCGACAGGUAAAGCUCGGUACUUCGAGGGUUUGCCUAUCCCAUCAUCUCUCAUCCUGGUUGGAGGCAUGGCGAUCUGCAUGCUGGCUGGUCGAGUCGCUCCUGGCGGACUGCCCCUCGUGCUUGCCAAAGAGCGCGGAGUGGGUCAAGACGGAUUCAACUUUUUUGGAGCUCUGAGGGACAUCAUCCCAGGUGCCAACGCUGGCGAUGGUGUUCCACUCGGCACGAUCGGAUACGACGUCUCGGCUCACGUCGCCAAGUCUUUGAUCGAGUUUGGACUGCCAAGGAGCGCUGCGCUCACCAUCGCUUCGUACUCCAAAGUUGAAGUCCACAUCUUGUCCUUGGUAUGGCUCACCUGGGCCGCACUCUUCAUCAGCAAGACGAUCAGGAUUCCAAAGCCCUGA